AAUUCUUGGACUUUUGAUGACUAUGCCAAAAUAAUUCAAUAGAGAAAAGGAUAUUCUUUUCAACAAAUGGUGCUAGAACAACUGAAUAUUUAAAUGCAAUAAAACAAACCUGACCUAUAUCUCAUGCCAAAUAUAAAAUUUAAUUCAGAAUGAAUCUUAGACCUAAGCAUAAUAGCUAAAAGCAUAAAACUUCUAGAAGAAAACAUAGGAGAAAAUAUUUGUGACCUUGAGUUAGGCAAAGAUUUCUUAGACAAGACAAAAAAGAAUCACACACCAUAAAAAAAAAUCGAUAAAUUCGACCUGAUCAAGAUGAAAACUUCUGCUUUUGAAAAGACACUGUUAAGAAAAUGAAAAGGCAAGCCUCAGACUGGGAGCAGAUAUUUCUAAAACACAUAUAUGAUAAAGGGCUUGUAUCCAGAAUAUAUUAAGAACUUCUAUAACUCAAUAGUGAGAUAACCCAAUUGUUUAAAAAAUAGUCAAGAUUUGAACAGACACUUCACCAAAGGAGGUAAACAAAUGGCAGAUAAGCACAUGAAAAUAUACAAAUUAAAAUGACAAUGAGAUACCACUAUACAAUCAUUGGAAUGCCUAAAAUUAGUAAGACUUACCAAAUGUGUUGGUGAGAAUGUGUAGCAACUGGAACAAAUUAUUGAUACACGCUACCACAUGGGAGAAUCUCAAAAGCAUUGUGUUAAGUGAAAAAAAAUAGACACAAAACAGUAUAUAUACUGUAUGAUUACACAUAUAUGACAUUCUAGAAAAGGCAACUAUUGUGACAGAAAGAAAAGCAGUGGUUUCCAGAUGCCAGGGUUAGGAGGGUAUUGACUGCAAAGAGACAUAGGGAGCUUUGGGGAGGCGGAGGAUGGACAUAUUUAUAUCUUAAUUGUUGUGGUAUUUUACACAAUUGUAAACACUUGCCAAAACUUAAAACUGUACACUUUGAACCGAUGAAUUAUAUUGUAUGUAAAUUAUCUCAGUAGAAAUAAAUUUAUAAAAUUCAAGCCUACAGGAGCUCUGUAAGUAACAUCAACAGAGACCACUUACAGAGUUCCUACUACAAGCAGUGCAAUGUGUUUGGGAUUUGGGGUCGUAGAACUUGGUAAAUCUCAGCCUCUACCCACAAGAUUUCUCAGUUUAUCCUGCAGAUACAACAGAACCCAAUCAACAUAUUUACCAAGAUUGUGAAGUGAUCCCUACAAAUGCUGUAUUUUGCUGUUUCAGGUGCUUAGAAGAACACGCAGUCAAGUUUUUCAUCAAACACAUGGAAUAUAUCACAGAACUUUGCUAAGAUGGACAACUCUAUGCAAAAAGACCAACACCCUGGCAAAAAAUAUUCCAGAAAGACUGACAAAGUACAGAAAGGUUUUACUGCUGUGUAUACAACACAAUCCUCCAUUCCUGUUAAAUAUCAGCCUUCCAGAAUUCCAGAAUCAGAAAAAAAAGGAUUUAAUAGUCAAGCCAAGAGGUUUUACCAUAAAAAGGAUGAUAUCCCAGGUCCUGGGUUCUACAACGUCAUUCACCAGUCGCCUGUGUUUGACAGUGUGUCGUUGUCUAGGAAAGGGACGUGUACUUUUCCCUCUAUGUGUGACCGACUGGAUACCAUCGUCUCUAAAUACCCUGCAGCUAAUGCAUACACUAUACCAUCACGUUUUGUUUCGAAGAAAGACUUCAGUAAUUCCUGUUCCAGCAUGUUCCAGUUGCCAAGCUUCAUGAAAGUUCUCAAAUUUGAAACUCCCGCACCAAACCAUUACAAUGAGGCUUUUUUCAGACCUGGAGAACAAUGGUUGAGUCAACUGGCGAGGAGCAGAAAUGCGGCCUCUGUCUCUUGCUGCAAACAGACAAACAAUGUUUGUGCCCGAGCCGGGUUCAUGUCCAAAACCCAGAGAGGACUUUUCACUAUUACUAAAACAGGACCUGCCCCAGGGCAUUAUAAUGUCAACGAAUCCCUUGUGAAGCAGUCGCCGAAGAUAUUAAUGUCUUGUUUUAAAUCAAAAACUGGCCGUGGAUUAAAACUGAUGUCGACAGGCCCAGGACCCGGUUAUUACAACCCAGGAGGUCACACCGAAGUUCACAAAAAGACUCUUAUCCCCCUUUGCCUCUGCCCCCGAAGCCGCCUCUUCCAGGCCCUGGGCAGUAUGAGAUCGUGGACUACACGGGGCCCCCCAAGCACUUCGUCUCCAGUGCAUCCUUCGUGUCCAACACCAGCCGGUGGACAGUGGCGCCGUCCCAGCCAGGCCUGCUCGGCUCGCCUGGCCCAGCCACAUACAAGCCGGAAUUCCCCGGAAAGCAGUCCUUUCUCUACAAUGGGGACAAGAAAUGGAUCCCAGUGUUGUAGUCACCUCAUCCGAGCUCAAGGAGACCCCCCCGGCCACCAGCUGUCACCCCAGGCACCCCGGACGGUCAUUCAGAGAGCGCCCAUCUCGUGUGUGACGGCUGAUGACUUGGGCCGUCCUUGCCCCCUGCCUGGUGUUACAGCUGGCCUGCCGUGCUUGUCCUUGUCCUGAGCUGCCCCCUGGAGCGUGGACCCCCACCCCAUGGACCCCCGUGGAUCCCUGAGCAGACAGAGCCCCCCGGGUUACUUGGCCACGUGCCCUCCGGCCUGGCUCGGCCCGCCUGCCCUCAGCCCUCAGAGCUCGUGCAGCUCAGGAUCCAGGAGGAGGUGGCCGAUGGCAGAUGCCCCGUCUGGAAGCCUGCUGCUGAGCCAGGGCUCUGGGGCCACAGGGUGGGCAGCGCAAGGCCGCGGCCCCGGCACACUCCCAUGCUCUGGCCUUGACCUCCAGACUCCUCCCGGAGUUCCAGGAGCCGGGAAGGCCCACAGGCACUGUGACAGGGACCUGAAGGGGUUGCCUUGCCCUCGGCCCCAGCUCAGCCUCGUGUCUCGCCCUAGGAAGAGCAUGGCAGCGUCACCAUGGUCACGUGAGCUCAUCACCCACUUUCAGGAGAGGCCUCCACAUCCAUUUGUUGUCUCCGCGCACAAAGGGCAGAUGUGGGCAGGACCCUCUGGGGCCAGAGCCCUGGGCACAGCGGUUCUGAGGGGCGCCUGCAGGUUCUUACUUUUGCCCGGCCUUUCCCCUUCCCUGGCCUGGUCUCCGUCCCUCCCACCUCAUGCUCAAGGCCAAUAUGAUCUUUAAUGGAUCCUUUCUGGCCUGCCAAGUUGGUCCCCCUCAGCAAGAGGAUGAGAUUCUCAGAGAACCAAGAGGAACUGCGGUUAACCACACAUCCCCUCCUUCCCCAGCUCUCCACGUGUCUUGGGCUUUUGUAAGUGGAAGCCUCUUGCGCCGCCUCCCUCCCCUCCGCGUGUCCCUCCCUUGCCCUUGGCUUUCUCCUUUGACUUUCCUCCGUGACUGUUAGUCCAGAACUAGCCGCUGACUGCCUCUCCCUUCAGGGAGGGGCGGGUGAGGGAGAGGGAGGGAGAAGGAUGGCACAACGGGUCCAGUUAAACAGAGUUCUCAUUUCUCACAAAAACUGGCCUUGUUGUGAACCUCAUAUUCCCGCAAGUGCCCCACUGCUUUGGGAUGAGCGGGAGGCAGCCUGGAGCAUGGCGCCAAGAGCGACCAAGGUCUGGACCUAAAGGUGGACACCUUGUGCUGAGUCUGCUCAGGCCCUUAGCUUCUCCUAGAGGUCAAGAGUCGGAUCCGAAUUUGGAGGUUCAAGGUCAAGCACUUCCACGGUUGGGUGGGCAAGGCAAGGGAGCAAAACAGGUGAGGCGAGAGGAGGUCCAGGAGCUGAGGAGGCUGCCCAUCUAAAGGCCAGCUACCUAUUGCCAGAUCUGCAGAUUUUUCAAAAGAACCUGGGAAAUUUUAAAAUGUGAAACUUCUUGAUUGGAGAUGUUAACAACCAUAUUUCAAUUAAAAACUUUUUGUUUGGGCUAAAGGAAA